AGUCCCUAAGCGAACCUGCUGUUUAUACGGAGGGGAGCGCACGGAACCAGCACCGGGUCAAACGGCAAUAAAACAAAAACACACCUAAAACUAACUUCACCACGGUGUUUUAGGAGGAGGGAGCUUACCGAACCAGCACCGGGUCGAACUUCACCGCGGUGGUGUGGGAGGUGCUAACAGCGUUAGCUUUGUGUGCUAGCCACGUCUGGGAGCUACAUGUGAGCGGAAACACGUUGGAUCAGUCCGGAGAUCACAAGAUGGCAACAGAAGCAAAACGUGUAAAGGUAGACAAUGGUUCUGAGCCCCUGCAGGACUUUCUUCAGUGGUGUCAUACAGUUGGUCUGCGUCUCAGUGAUAAGGUGUAUGUGAGUAAAGAGGAAACUGUAGCAAAUUAUGGGAUGCUGGCGAAAGACAACAUAGCAAAAGGAGAAGUGUUAUUCACCAUCCCCAGGUCUGCUCUUCUCCACCAGGAAACUACAAAAGUUUCGGACUUGUUGAAAAAAGAGAAGUCGUCUCUGGAGAGCUCCUCUGGCUGGGUUCCUCUGCUGCUGGCUCUGCUUUAUGAAUAUACUUCCUCACAGUCCCACUGGAAACCGUACCUGUCUCUGUGGUCUGACUUCAAAAAGCUGGAUCAUCCCAUGUUCUGGUCCAAAGAAGAGCGAGACCGACAGCUGAAAGGAACAGGUAUCCCGGAGGCUGUGGACACGGACUUAUCCAACAUCUCCCAGGAGUACACAAACAUAGUCCUACCUUUUAUGAUCCGACACCCUGACCUGUGGAACCCUGAGACACACACUCUAGAGCUGUACACCCAACUGGUGGCCUUUGUCAUGGCCUACAGCUUCCAGGAGCCGAAGGAAGAGGAUGAGGAAGAGGCCUCCAACCCUCCGAUGAUGGUUCCCAUGGCAGACAUGUUGAACCAUGUGUCUAACCACAAUGCUAAUUUGGAGUUCACGCCUGAUAGUCUGAAGAUGGUUUCUGUGUGUCCCAUCAAUAAAGGCAAGGAAGUGUUUAACACCUACGGGCAGAUGGCUAACUGGCAACUUCUUCACAUGUACGGCUUCACAGAGUCAUAUCUAAGCAACAGCAACGACACGGCAGACAUCCCUGUUAUCUGCUUCUACAAAGCUGCCAAACAAGAUGCUCAGUCUGAUUCAGACCGGGAGCUCGUGGAGGAGCGGUGGGAGGUGCUCUGUCAGAUGUUGGAGGAGAACGAAGCCUUGGUCUUCAGUAAACAUGGCUGCCUCACUGACUCGGAGCUGCGCUCUGCACUGAAGGCGUUGUGCAUGUCAAAAGAAGAGUUGUCUGAGUUCAAAGACAACGAAGGCUGGGAGGAAGAUGAUGAGGAUGAUGAGGACAUUUCUCAGGCUUUUUCCAACGAUGGUCUUCCUAAAUUAGAGGCGUCGUGGAAACGACUAAUUCACGAAGCAGCUCGGGUCACUCUGAGCUCAUACGGAGACGGAGAAGUGGAGGAAACAUUGUUGGACAGAGACAGGGCCGUGCUGGAGGACAAAGCAGCACUUGAAGGACUGAGCAGCCGGCAGAGGAGGGCGCUGCAGGUCCGCUUCGGACAGAAGACCAUCCUGUACACACUGAUGGAGCUCACCAAGUCGUGAUUUCAGUUUCUAAGUGACAGUAAAUUCUGUUCGCAGUCAAGGAAUAACAUUUUUCAUGAAGAGUUCUGAUCUGAACAUGUUUGUGACAAAUUUUCUUAUAAAAGUUGUGGGUGUCUUCAGAGUGCUUCAGAUGUUUUCUGACUCCUGCGGAGGAGCUCGUCUAAUCACAGAAAGAUGUCCAGAUUUAAAAAACAUGCUGAUGAUAAUUAGGAAUAGGGUACAAAUCUGCUUAUUUUAAUUUCUUAAGUGUUUGUACUCCAGAGGAAAAAUGUCAUAAAGUUA